AUGUCUAAUGAAUCCACUGAACCGUCGAAGCAGGCUCAACAGCACAAAAGAGCUCUUGAAUUUAUGAAAUCAGUGAAUGAAGCCGAGUUUUAUAAUGAAUUGAAGGUAGGUGACGGUUAUUUUUAGUCUUUCCCGCUGUGAUUAUUGUGUCUUACUGUCUGAAGUGCUGGUGAAGAAUAGAUUAAUGAAUUUAGUGCUUGAAAAUAAAAGAUUUUGUCAAAAAUUUAGACAAUUAUAUUGUUUUAGGGGGUUGAUGGAGGUUAUUGGGAAAUUAAGGAUUUUUCUAGCUGUUUAUCAAAAGUGAGCCUUCGGAUUGUAUUUUUGAUUGAUCUGGUGGGCUUCCAGGAGCUUCAUUGUCUUGAAAAUUCAGAAGAUUUUUUGAGAAAAAUGAGGUAAUUUUCUUAAUAAUCCCUUGUUUCCAGGACAAAUACGUUUUGUCUCAAAAACUCCUGGAACUGAAUGGAUUUCCGAUGUCUAGGACCACCAAAAACGGAUACCAAGGAGUGUAUAUUGCCACCGAACAUGAUCGGCGAUUUGUUGCGCCUUCGGCAGAACUCAGAAAUUGUCUUCGAUGCCAAAAAGUUUUCAAUGUCAAGGAGUAUUCGAUGGAGAACAAGGAAGAUCAUUGUGUUUAUCAUUGGGGAAAGAAACCAGCAAAGAGGGAACCGAAGGACAAAAAGAAAUGUAAGAAGGAAAGCUACAGUGGAGGAGUUGGUCCAGUGGCAAAAAACGUUCCAUUUUGCAUCCGGGAAGUAUCAAAAAAUGUGGCAAAAUACCUCCCUCUUCAAAUGAAAAAAAACUCAGAUUUCAAAAGCGCGCGCGUUCUUUUUGUGAAGAAAACGGCAAAAAAUAUAUUAUUUUGCAUCCGGGAAGUAUCAAAAAAUGUGGCAAAAUACCUCCCUUUCCAAGUGAAAAAACUCCGAUUUCAGCCGCUCUUUUUGUGAGGGAAAGCGCACCCUUCAAAACGAAGUUUUUUUUUUGUCACUUGGAGAUGGAAGCAUUUUGCCACAUUUUUGAUACUUCCCGGAUGCAAAAUGGCACGUUUUUGCCACUGGAUCAAGUCCGCCAUUGUAAGAAAGGAAGCUAUUUGGAGGGGAUGGAAAAGCGUUAUGAUGAAUUGUUCCAAUUUGGAAGGUUUUCGUGGCGGGACCAAAAAUUUUUGUGCCGAAAAAAAGCUAAAAAUUUUUGAAGUUUUUGAUAUUGUAGACUCAUUUUUUUGCCCUCAAAAUAAUUUCCCUUUCAGUAAAUCCCCAGCCCUCCCCCUACGGAGACAAAUACUUUUGUUGCGGACUCCCAUAUGAAUCUGAAGGAUGUUCGAGACUAAAUUAUCAUGUUCAUAAUCAAAUUCAACGUCAAUCCCUCGUUUUCGAAUUUAAAAGAACCCCCACUCCUCAAGGACCCACUGAUGAGCGAUCAAUGAAAGUUUACUCAUUGGACUGUGAGAUGGUUUACACAACUGGGGGAUGUGAAAUUGCCAGGGUGGUGAUGGUCGACUGGAAAGGCGACUUGGUUUUUGAUCGUCUUUGCCGGCCGGAGAAUGAAAUCGUGGAUCAUAAUACGCUGUUUUCCGGGAUCACCAAGGAAAUGAUGGCUGGAGUGAAGAUGAGUUUGUGUGAUGUAGGUUGGGUUGUAUUGUGCUUGAUUUUUGAAUGGAAAAUUGGGAAAAUAAGUGUCUAGAAGGGAAGAGUUGGUAUUGUUGAGAGGUGGAGGGUUAUAAAUAAGGGUUAAACGCCUGAUUCAGCAAUUCUGCAUUGAUUUUUUUUGGAUUUCAUCGAUAAUUUAUAUUAAUUUAGACUCGAAACUGGGAUCCGUAGAUUUUUUUCAACACCUACUUAAAGUGACGGACCUGAUCCAGUGACAAAAAAAACGUAACAUUUUGCAUCCGGGAAGUAUCAAAAAUGUGGCAAAAUGCUUCCCUCUCCAAGUGAAAAAACUUCGAUUUCAAUUGCGCGCCUUUUCGAUCAUAAAAAGAGCGAGCGCGCUUUUGAAAUCAGAGUCUUUUCAAUUGGAGGGGGAGGUGUUUUGCUGCAUUUCUGAUACUUCCCGGACGCAAAAUGGUACGUUUUUUGCCACUGGAUCAUGUCCGCCACUAUAAGUAGAUGUUGAAAAAAUCUAUGGAUCCAGUUUCGAGUCUAAAUUAAUAUAAAUUAUCGAUGAAAUCCAAAAAAAAUCAAUGCAGAAUUGCUGAAUCAGGCGUUUAACCCUUAUUUAUAACCCUCCACCUCUCAACAAUACCAACUCUUCCCUUCUAGGCACUCAUUUUCCCAAUAUUCCAUCCGAAAAUCAAGUAGAAUAUAACCGAACCCAGUUUGGAAUCUAAAUUAAUAUAAAUUAUCGACAAAAUCCGAAAAAUUUCUCCUAUUUCCACUUUUUUCCACCUCUAAUUAGCCAUGCUUUCCAGGUGAAGCGACUCAUGUUCCGUUACGUCAAUCAGAACACCAUUUUGAUUGGCCAUAGUCUCGAAUUUGAUCUUCGCGCCCUAAAAUUGGUCCAUCAUAACAUUGUGGACACCUCCAUGGUCUUCCAUGUUUCUCAUCGUCACUCAAAACAUUCUCUGAAAGCCCUGUCCAAGAUGUUUAUGGGAAUCCGGAUCCAAGAAAAUGGCCAUUGCCCGGUCGAAGACUCCAUGGCCGCGCUGCAUUUGGUCUAUGUGAAAGUUGAUUUCGAGAGACGGAAGAGGUUGCAGAAGAAGGAAUGA